CCUCUCCGUUGGAGCUGAGCUGAGCCGAGCUAGCUGCGUCACUGAUUGAUUGAUUGCCACAUUUUGUCGAACCAGUGACCCAGUGAGCUAGUGUCAUUUGGCGCCGGCCGGCCUCUCGUGUGACAUGGACAUGGGGAUGGGGAUGGGGAUGGAGAGGGAGGAGGGGCUCAACCUGAGCCUGUCGCUGCAGCAGUCGCCCACGUCGCCGCCGAGGUUCCAGGCGGUGUUCGCCUGCUGCUACUGCCCGAGGAAGUUCAGGAGCUCGCAGGCGCUCGGCGGCCACCAGAACGCGCACAAGCUGCAGCGCAACCUGGCCAGGCGGGGCCGGGAGGCCACCACGGCGCUGUCUCUUGCGGUGCCUCCCGGAGACCAGCAAGCAGGCAAAGCAGCCGGCGCCGAUGAUCCGCCUCGCCCCGCGGAUCCCGACGAAGCGUGGCGAGGAGACGGCGGGAGGAUCCAUCGCCAUCGUCUGCAAGGAACUGGCUCAGGAGCAGCCUCCUCUGGUGGUGCGGGAAGGGGCAACGAAGAGCUUGCGGAUGAGAUGAUUGACCUGUCCCUGAAGCUAUGAUCGAUCGAUGCAGGAGCAGGAGUUAGCUUGCCCCAGAUCGAAGCACGUGUACUCUUCCUCUCUCUUCCAUGUGGUUCAUUUCUUCGCGUCAUUUCUUGUGUUCUCUCCUGCGCUAUCUCGUUUAUCAGGUUAAUUGCGCUGGUCUUCUGAUUUGGGCUUGCCAAUGUACUCGACCUUCAGGCCAGGUUUCAUCCAUUAUGCAUGGAUUGUACGCGUUACUCUCUCCGUUCCAUAAAAAUUGGCACGGAAUUAAACUAACUCUAGUUUAAAUUCAUGUCAAUCUUUAUGGAACAGAAGAGUAAUUAGGUACACUGAUCAUUAGAAGUCAUUUAUUUGAACCUGCUUGCAGUAAUCUACUUUCUACUACUAUCGUAUAAGUACCGGCCGGUUUGAGGUUCUUAUUGCUUCAAGGGUUCAUCUUGAAUUCUUGAUCUGUGUCAAGAAUUCUGGUUUAAUUAA